UUCAAGCCACGAACUUUGUGGAUGUCACCUUGGGGCUUGGCCUUCUUGAAGACACUUGAAUUGUCUGUUACAUAAACAAAACAGUGUUCAGGGUCGCCUUCUGGGUAGCGUGGCCGUAAAGCCGGAGUUGGUGUUCACGGACUAUGCAGAUACAGCGAGUAAACCGAACAUAGAGGAAAGUAUUGGAACCAACCAGGCGGACACCACAAGACCGAAGCAGGACGUGUGACAACAAGGAUGGCCGCUAUUAAGACCCUCAACCCCAAAGCCGAGGUGGCCAGGGCUGCCCAGGCGCUCUCCAUCAACAUUUCUGGUGCCAGGGGGAUCCAAGACGUCCUCAAAACCAACCUCGGCCCUAAAGGCACCAUGAAAAUGCUCGUGUCAGGUGCCGGGGACAUCAAGAUUACCAAAGAUGGAAACAUUCUCCUCCAUGAAAUGCAAAUUCAACACCCUACUGCCAGCAUGAUUGCCAAGGCCUGCACAGCCCAAGAUGACGUCAUUGGGGAUGGCACUACCUCAACUGUUCUGCUUAUCGGUGAGAUGCUUAAACAGGCAGAAAUCCAGAUACAAGAAGGCCUGCACCCCAGACUUAUUGCUGAAGGAUUUGAUUUGGCCAAGGUGAAGGCUCAGGAAGUGCUGGACAAGGUUAAAAUCACUGAAGAGAUGUCCCGUGAACGUCUCUGCCAAGUGGCCCGCACCGCCCUCCGCACAAAGGUUCAUUCUGACAUGGCAGACAAGCUGACGGAAGUGUGCGUGGAUGCAAUCCUGGCCAUCAAGGAGGAUGGAAAGCCACUGGAUUUGCACAUGGUUGAAAUCAUGGAUAUGCAGCACAAGACAGAACUGGACACCCAGCUGGUGAAGGGUCUUGUGUUAGAUCAUGGUGGACGACACCCUGACAUGCCCAAACGUGCCACCAACGCCCACAUUCUCACCUGCAAUGUGUCGAUGGAAUAUGAGAAGACUGAAGUGAACUCUGGUUUCUUCUACAAGUCUGCAGAGGAGAGGGAGAAGUUGGUUACUGCAGAGAGGGAAUUCAUUGAAGAACGAGUGAAGAAAGUUAUAGAACUCAAGAGGAAGGUUUGUGCUGGAAACAAUGACAUGUUUGUUGUGAUCAACCAGAAGGGCAUUGAUCCCAUGUCUCUGGACAUGUUGGCCAAAGAAAACAUCAUUGGUCUGAGGAGGGCCAAGCGCCGCAACAUGGAGAGGCUCGCCCUGGCCUGCGGAGGGAUGGCCAUGAACAGCUUUGAUGAUUUCACACCAGACUGUCUGGGAUAUGCUGGCAGCGUGUAUGAGCAUGUUUUAGGGGAAACGAAGUACACUUUUGUAGAAGAUCUGAAGAACCCUCACAGUGUAACCAUAUUGAUCAAGGGCCCUUACAAACACACACUCACCCAGACCAAAGAUGCCAUCAGGGAUGGGUUGAGGGCAAUUAAGAAUGCCAUCGAUGAUGGAUCCCUUGUGCCUGGAGCUGGUGCCUUUGAGGUUGCUGCCUAUGAUGCUCUCAUGAAGUAUGAAAGUGAGGUGAAGGGUCGGGCACGGUAUGGUGUGCGAGCAUUUGCUGAUGCUCUUCUAGUAAUCCCCAAGACUCUUGCCAGUAACAGUGGAUGUGACCCAAUGGAUAGCCUGGUGAAGCUGAGAGAGGAAUUCAAGAAUAGCAAUGGUACCCCAGUCGGGCUGGAUAUCUCUACUGGGGAAGCUCUGAACCCAGUUGAUAUUGGCAUAUUUGAUAAUUACUGUGUCAAGAGGCACAUGCUUGAUGCUUGCUCUGUCAUUGCCCGCAACCUUCUUAUUGUGGACGAGAUAAUGAGGGCUGGGUUGUCUCAGCUGAAGUAAUUUAAAUACAAGAACACUUAACCCAGUUCUGGCCUUGGCACGAGGUAACACAUAAUUUUAUUCAAGUUCAAGAUGGAAUGCUGAUGACUCACACUGUUCUGCCACUCAACACCUGCUAAUAAAAAAAUAAUAAUAAUAAUG